AAGGAAGUCAAAUAAGUUUGCUUCUUCGGCGAACUGGAGAAGAAGUGCCUUGGACUAUUUCCCUGAAUUCCUGUGAUUGAAACCCAACCAAAGAGCACCUUCUGGGUUUGAAUGAAAACCAAUGGCGUAGCCACGUGUGUGCCAGGGUGUGCAACUGCCACCCAAAAUAAUGUGAUCAAAUGAGUACCAUGGGGCUUGUUUACAUCUAAAACCAAGUCCGUCAAUAGGAUGACUGAGCAUGGAGACACUAUCAUUCCAUUUAACCCCACAGACCUUAGUUCAGGAGAACCAGCUUGCAAAACAGAUCUUACUGUUGUAAGUCUAGACCAGAGAAAAGAGAAGAGCAACCAAGAGGAGCUCAGAGAUGCCAAGAAGCCAUAUGAUGGACCCACUCAUCAGAAUGAACACAAUGACAUUAAGCUUAGUCCAUAUCAACCACAGCCUCCCUCUCUUCCAAAGCCUGUGGGAUUGGGAAUGGGGGGUAAAAACAUCUCAUUUGAUGAGAAGGUGAGGGGGAGAAGAUUGAGGAACAGCCAGGAGAGUCUCACAGACCCGGGUGAGACUGGCUCGUCCACCGAUUCCCUUAAAGAAGAUGCCUCAGCUCUAGUGUCAAACAGUCCAUUGAGUUUCAAGAAUGGACAGAGUCUUUCAUCAGGAUGUCCACUCGACAUCCCACCCAUUGAGAUGCCACCAUUCAGGAACUGGACUGGAAGUUUCUCUGAGACUGAAGUGUCCCCACAAGAUCUUUGUGAUCUGAACAAAGAGCGUUUGAGACCGUCCAAAAUAAUUCUUUCUCCACUGCAGGCCACGGGCAUGUAUCCUCCUCUAGAGCACAGUGCAGCCUCCUCGUCCUUAAGGACAUCUAAUCGGAUUGACAGGGAUUGUUUGGAUUACAGUGUGGUGGGGAGAAGAGGGCGGUCGGAGAGGCUUCAGAGGAAUCUGAGCGAUAGCCGGCUGUUGGAGACCAUGGUGUCAGACAGCACCUCUGUUCACUCCAUGAAGUCCACCUAUAGUGUACUGAACCCUAUCAGACCCAGGGAUGUGAGGAACAGGAGCUUUCUGGAGGGCAGUGUUCUGGGAAACAGUGCCUUGCUGGGGGCGGAAGAGCUCGACCGCUACUUCCCAGAGAGACAGCUUGGUAUCUACAUUGCCACAUGGAACAUGCAGGGAGAGAAGGGUCUUCCAUACAACCUAGAUGAUCUGCUGCUUCCAACCGAUACAGACUUUGCACAGGAUGUCUAUGUUAUUGGAGUUCAGGAAGGUUGCCCAGACAGGAGGGAGUGGGAGAUCCGUCUGCAAGAAACUCUUGGGCCGUAUUACGUCAUGCUGUACGCAGCAGCCCAUGGAGUUCUCUAUCUCACUGUAUUUGUCCGAAGGGACCUCAUAUGGUUCUGUUCAGAGGUGGAGCAUGCCACAGUAACCACCCGAAUUAUAUCUCAUAUUAAAACUAAAGGAGCUGUGGGUGUUGGCUUUACUUUCUUUGGGACGUCCUUCCUCUUCAUCACAUCCCAUUUCACCUCUGGAGAUUCUAAAGUAUAUGAGAGGAUCUUAGACUACAACAAGAUCAUAGAAGCUUUGGCUCUCCCUAGAAACCUUCCUGAUACCAACCCUUACCGCUCUACAAACUCUGAUGUCACAACCCGCUUUGAUGAAGUCUUCUGGUUUGGAGACUUUAACUUUCGCCUGAAUAAAGCCAGAGGAGAGGUGGAGGAAAUUUUGAAUCAGGUUGUAGGUGCAGAUAUGAGCCCACUGUUACAGCAUGACCAGCUGUCUAAAGAGAUGAAGGAAGGUUCCAUUUUCAAAGGGUUUCAGGAAGCACCUAUUCACUUUCCUCCUACUUACAAGUUUGACAUUGGUUGCAAUGUCUAUGACACCACCACAAAGCAGAGAACACCCUCAUAUACUGACCGGAUUAUUUAUCGAAACAGACAAGCAGAUGACAUUAAAGUAGUGAAGUAUACUUCUUGCUCAUCUAUUAAGACAUCUGAUCACCGGCCUGUCAGUGGCAUAUUUCAGGUCAAACUUCGUCCUGGUAGAGAUAACAUUCCUUUGGGUGCUGGGCAGUUUGACAGGAGUCUGUACUUAGAAGGAAUCAGAAGAAGAAUCUCCAGGGAGCUGAAGAAGAGAGAGGCAGCCAUGAAAAACCAGAAUAAUAGCACAGUUUGCACCAUAUCCUGAUCCGGGACCAGUGCAAAAGAGCCAUAGGGUGCUAAAACUGUUCUUUUCAAAUAUUGAGGUACUGACUUGGAAAGCUGGACUAUCAGGACCAAAGGAUAACUCCUAUGGGUGUCACGGCUCUUAUCUGCCUCUAUUGAAGUGCAUCAUGAAGCAUCAGUGCACAGUCCAGGGACCAAAAGAUAAUGCUGUGGCUGGACCCUGAAGUUUAGCAGCUGGUUUUGGAACUAUAUAAUGUUCUUUGACAAAACAGAAUACUCUUUAUUAAUCUAUAAAUUAUACUGACCAGAGUAAAUUAAGUGAACUUAAAACACUUGUCUGCACUUUACUGUAAAUCCGUUAUUCCUUUCUCUUUUGUAUUAUUGUGUAUUUAACGUAACAGAAUUUUCAUUUGUGAAUAUUCCCUUUAUCAUUUACUUACAGGAGAAAAUAGGACAUUGUAGGAUAAAUGUAAGCCAACACAGUCUGUUCUGCAUCUGGGUUCAUGAACUGAUAAGUGUUCAUUGGCCUUGUUAAAGCAUUAGCUUAAAUUCCUAAACUGAUACUGUAAGCACCUCAUUACCAGUACCAGGUGGCUGAUUCUGUUAAUUUUGAUUGGCUCCUGGGUCUCAUUUUGGAACAGUUACCUAAUAUGCUUCACAGUGAUACUUCUCUUAAAAAGAGAAUUGUACUAUAGCAUUAUUACCAGCAAAAUGUGGAAGAAGUGGUGUUUGCAUCUGUUUUUACUGAUUGUCAUUGAUAUAGGUGAAUGUGAUCUUGUGGUUAGAAGCUUAAAUUGGGUUAAAUUGGGAGGCACUGACUAUACUUGAGAUUAUUGCCUUAACAUCAUUUAAUAGAAUUAAUCUUAAUUGAUGUCAAUUGUGAUUUACAUAUGGGAGUGGGAAUUACAAUAGUAUUGGUAUUGCUUGUGCAUGGAUCUCCGUAACAGUGGUGUAAUAGUGAGUCAUGCAUUCACAUAACAAAUUUCAGUUCCACUUGUACUGAAAGUGCCUGUGAUCUUGCUCAUGAUUGCCGCAGUGACUUAAAAAAACAUUAUGCUGUUUAAAACCAAAUAGUAGCCUGUAACAGAUAUGUUUACAAUGUGAAGUAAUACAAAAAUUCUGACUCGUACUCAACUUGGUGUUACUUCUUAUGAGUUUAAGUACCUUUUUAACAGCAAAAUGAUUAUUUUUUCAAACACAAACCAAGAAACAAAUUACUGCACAUUUAAAAAUGUUCAUUACAUAAUUAGACAUUCAAAGGCAAAAACUACUGGCUAUGUUCAGAAUGGAAUACAAGCAUUGUCUGCUCACUGGAUACUGCAAUAUACACUAUAUUGCCAAAAGUAUUCGCUCACCCAUCCAAAUAAUUGAAUUC